AUGAGCACCUUGGGGAUAACAUCGGACGAGCUCUACGGUGAAGCUCUCCCUCCUGACGUUCCGCGGCCCACCCCGGAGCGCGAGCAGCACAUCCUGAACGCCCUUGACGGUGCAUUCUCUGUUGUCUCUACCAUGAACUCUGGAGAAGAAGAUCCGGAAUGGGAUGUCAAUGAUGUCGCGCAGACGAGGGCCACUGUGGCCGCCGUCUUCAGGAAGUUGCUGAGUCUGAACGAAAACAUGGAUUUCACAGCUCUGAAAGGUGCCGCAGCGGUAGAGCUAUAUUUCGCUUUGAAUCCCAGCAGGCGUCCAAAGCCGAUUCCGCCGCCGCAACCGCUGCCCCAGUCGGCCCAACGUGCUUCUGCCAGGCCCCUUCAGGCUCGCAACCGUACGUGGCACCAGGCUGUAUCUGGUAGCCGCGUGGGCGUGGGGCCAAGCCCUCUGCGGCGAGCGGUGAUCCCUGAGCCAGAGGACACUUGA